UUGAAAAGUAAUUGGUUUUCUCGCAUGUCCUACAUAUAAAUUGUAUUUCCUCGUAGAAUGAGUAAGAAAAACGAAAAUCGUCUCAUCGAAAACCAAACAAAUGGUAGCAACCAUCUUCUGGAGGAAGAUAGGGUAACUGUCAUUGAUGGGGGCUUCUCUACACAAUUAAGUUGCCAUGUACAAGAUCCCAUCGAUGGUGACGUACUAUGGAGUGCCCGUUUUUUAUCAACAAACCCACAAGCUGUCAUCAAUACUCAUUUGGAUUUUCUCAGAGCGGGCGCUGAAGUUAUCAUCACAAACACAUAUCAGGCUAGCAUUAGUGGUUUUGUUGAACACUUAAAUUUAACUAAAGAACAAAGUUACGACCUUAUAAAAGAAGCUGUAAGUUUAGCCAAACAGGCAAGGUUCCUUUUUGAAGAGCAAUACUUUGAGGAUGCUUCAAGGCGACUGAGAAAACCGCUCAUUGCUGGUUCGGUUGGUCCUUAUGGGGCUUCCCUUCACGAUGGUUCUGAAUAUACAGGAUCUUACUCAACCACUACCUCGGUCGAAACCAUGGAGGAAUAUCAUCGACCACGAAUCGAAGCUCUCUUAGAAGGAGGUGUUGAUCUAUUAGCAAUGGAGACAAUACCUUGUAAAAAGGAAGCAGAGAUGCUAGUCAAACUACUUAAAGAAUAUCCUCAUAUUAAGGCGUGGUUGAGCUUCAGUUGCAGUCAAGAUGGAAAAUCAAUAUCAUGUGGUGAAGAUUUCCAAGAGGUUGUGAGGCAUUGCUAUGAUUUAAAUCCUGAUCAAUUAGUGGCUGUGGGUGCCAAUUGCUUGGCACCGCGUCUAGUAAAGUCUUUAUUUGAUGGAAUCAAUAACGAAAGGGAAAAUAAUCCAAUUCCAUUGAUCGUUUAUCCGAACAGCGGGGAAACAUACAACGUGGAAACUGGGUAUGAAAGGCAAGGGCUUCUAAGAUAAUCAUACUAACAAAUUAUUGCAGAAACAUCAUCGUUAUUUAAUGGCAUGGUUUUUGCAACCCCAUUUUUUGCUUUUUGUGGAGCGACGUAAUUUCAGUACCUAACUGUUAAAGCGCUUUAUUUUGUCGUUUUGUGAGUGUCUAUUUUUAAAGAAAUACCAUUUUUCUCGAAAAAGAAAAUUAUUAAUUAUUUUAUUGAGAAAAAUAAGCUAUAGGCGAAUACUCAUUUUGAAACCGAAUAUGGGUUUGUUAUUUUGAAACACUUUACCUGAAACAUUAUG